AUGGAUUGGGUGUUUGCGAGCUGCCCACAUAGAGCUUCUUCGAUCAAACAGAGUGAGGAUUAUAUCGGGGAACUUGUCUCCCUCAACUCCUCUUUCCCAUCUGGUUCAGUGCAGAAGAUCAGCGAGCUCGCACGAGCAGUGCAGGCCAUCAACAGCGACUUCUGCGAGACGAGGUAUCUAUCGAGGGCGGUGGUCUGCAAUCUGGUAUCCAACAGGGUCACGACUAUUCUGACCGAACCGGAGGAUGAUCUCAACGGGAAGGGAAAAGAAGGUUCCGGUAGUGAUAGCGAUGGUGAAGAAAGUAUCAAGGAAUUCCCAGUUAGAUUCCCAGCAUCAUUCAUCCCCCAGCAGCAAGUGACAUAUGCUGACUGCGAAGUUCUUAGGGCUCAUCCACCCCAACGGUAG